UAUAAGUGCCCAGCCUUGCUUCACCUAUUCUAUCUUUAUCAACAUUGAUGUGCAUAUCGCUUAUCGCAUCUCUGCCUACUCCCUCGCAUGUUGCUAUACAGCCACAGCCUGGGGGCGGAAAUUAAAGUCCGGCCAUUCCUUGACCGUUGUUAUCGCCCUUGAUGACCGGGCUAAUCGGGUACGACCCUAGACGGCUUCGACGCGGCUCCUUGCAAUUUAUCUUGGACUUAAGCUUUCCAACCCCCCGAUUUGGCACCGAGAGUUGAAACAAAUUGAAGGACGAUAUACUAUGCAUCGAAGCGAGCCGAGAUAGGUCGAUGAUCGCCACUCCCACGGGGGCUAUUCCAAAUCGUCCUCGCGAUCCACGGAGAAUGUGAGACUGCCAGAUUCUCCACGCUUCCCGAGCCGGGCGAUGCGGAGAUGAUAGCCCCUUGGUUUGAUCCCGGAUUUACUAAUGCACUAUGAUGGAUGUUGCGAGCCUGGCUAUGACCAAGAUGCUCGCGGGUUUCGUGCGAAUUACAAGUUUUCUGUCCACUAUUUCCGGAUUAGGAUACUCUGGCGACCGGACCGGCUGGCUGACCGGAGACGGCGGGGCCGCUUGAAACGGAGUCUGAUGAAAUAUGCAUGGCGCAUUUUCCAGUUUCUUGGCCCCUCAGCGUCACCAAGUAUUGAGGGCCUGUCGAUCAUUUGUUCUGCAAAAUAGCAGGUGCCCAACAAGAUGUCCAGAUGCGGAUCUGACUCCCAGUUUCGAGCUACAUUGUCAUUCGUUAACAACGAGGCCUCUCCCGCAAGGGGUGGACCGGGUCUGACGGUGUAUCCCGUCCUGCACCUCUACCCUUGUACAUGUUGCGCUGCAUGCCUUCCAUCCCGCUUCCAGAAUGAUUCGACGCUGCUGUGUGGACGGUGUGCGCCGAGCCCGUGCUUUCCCCCGUCGGCUAUCCAUUGGAUAGUCCACCCAUCCAAUGGCUUGCUAGAUAUACACAAUCCCUGAG